AUGGCCGUCGAUCGACUACUUCGCUCGGCAAGUGUGACCACUGGCCAUCUCUCGAUCAGCACGCUCAAGAAACUCGGCAGAAACCAGCUGAACUACAGCUUACCCCUCCGCUCAUUCCGUUCUCAGCCAGCACUUCCAUCAUCCGCACCGCUAUCUCUGCAUCUCCAGCGGACCUCCCCCGAGCUUGUCCGAUCACUCAAUAGUCUCCGGACCUGCUCGCCAGGACUAUCCUCGCCUCAUCCUAUCAAACCAACCGGAUUUCAGAGCUAUCAUCAUCAAGCCGUCAAGCAUCACAAUCGUCACUUGUUCACAGCAUCCAUUCUCCGCCAACACACUCGCCGAGCUGCUAGUGGGCUUCCCUAUCCCAGGGCAGCUUGGACGAUAUCCCAAAAAGUCGUUCUAGGUCUCACCAUCAGUUUGGUGAUCGGCACGGCCUUAUACGAGCUCGUGCCCCCGUUCAGAUAUGCAGCCAUCGGGAUAGUCCGUUGCACCCGAGUGGCGGUCGCCGUGAUGGGAGCGAUCUGGGACUACAAGACGCUGUUUGCCAAGACCUGGGCCCAGGACCCAGCUGGACAAGCACAACGACAUCUAGACUACCAGGCCACCCAUCUCACAGCCGCUCGGCGGAUACUGAACGUACUCAAGCAAAACGGGGGAAUCUACGUCAAGCUGGGGCAACAUCUCAGCUCGAUCCAACUCAUCCCGCUCGCCUGGAGCUCGACGAUGAAGCCGCUCCAGGACCAGUGCACACCAAGCUCGUUCGAAAUGAUCGAUAGACUCUGCCAGAACGACCUCGGCCUGCCCAUCUCCGAGCUCUUCCAGUCCUUCGAUCCCGUCCCGAUCGGCGUGGCUAGUCUUGCUCAGGUCCAUCGCGCCGUCGACCGCAAAUCUGGAAGAGAUGUCGCCGUCAAAGUCAUGCACCCUACCUUGGAAGAGUACCUUGAAGUGGACACUCGAACAGUCGUCAUCAUGCUCCGAUUCGUCAAAUGGGUUUUCCCUGAGUUUGAGUUUACAUGGCUGGGUGAAGAAAUGCAAGAAAACUUGCCCAAGGAGAUGGAUUUUAGGAUCGAAGCCGCCAACGCAUCAAAAUGUGCCGAUCAAUUCUCCAACUUGAAGGCGACAACGUUGAAGCUACCGGACGUCUUGUGGGCUCAAAAGCGAGUGCUUGUUAUGGAAUUCAUCACUGGUGGUCGAUUUGACGAUCUUGAAUAUUUGGCCAAACACGAUAUCGACCGGAAUCGGGCCUCUCAAGAAUUGACUAGGAUCUUCUCACAGAUGAUUUAUCUCAAUGGAUAUUUCCAUGCUGAUCCUCAUGCAGGGAACUUGCUGAUACGACCGGCACCACGCACAUCGAGGAGCCCGUACAACUUUGAGAUUGUCCUACUAGACCACGGCCUAUACUUCGAUCUGAGUGAUUCGUUACGGGUGAACUAUGCCCGGUUUUGGUUGAGUUUGUUGAGCUCGAGCCCGAGCUCCGUUGAGGCGCGCAAGAAGUAUGCCAAAUUAGUCGGGAACAUCGGCGAGGAGAACUACGACAUCUUUGAGAGUGCCAUCACCGGCCGAGUCGGCCUCAAGGGCCACGGCAGCCUGAUCAACUUGUCUUCUAAAUCCUCCGAGGAACUCAAACUUAUCCAAUCCGCUAUCGUCUCUCAAGAAGGCAUCUUUGCUGAGAUCUUGAAGAUCUUGAGAAAUGUACCGAGGCGACUUUUGAUGAUUUUAAAGGUCAACGAUCUCACCAGGUCAUUAGACCUUUCACUCCGAACUACCCAUUCUCAAAUCCGGAUCUGGCUGAUCGUCGCCAGAUUUUGUGGCUUAGCGAUCUGGACCGACGAGGUCGAUCGGCUUAAACGCGAGCUUUCUGGGCUCAGGACCCACUUCCGAAUCGGCUCAUCUCUCCGUCUACUCGCUCGGUUCGUCAAUUCUUGGUGGAAUUAUCAACAGGGCUACACUCUUUUGAGGGUUUGCGAGAUCGGUAUGGACUUUUAUGCCGGCUUAAAUAACGCGCUCAUGUAUCUCAACGGACUCCUCAAUUCGGACGGCGAGCACCCCGGUGGAGGGUUCUCGCAUGCCAAACGCAAGGCUGCCGGUCUUUAA